UAAGAGGAAUUGUGAAAAGAAGCCGCGAACGGGAUUAAAAUAGCAAAAAAAGGUAAGAAGGAACAAACAGGAAACUGUCAUUACCAUUAACUUAAAGUGAAAUAUGAGAUAGGAUAUUUAGUUUAAUUACGAAGACGAGCACGGACGAUUGAUUGAAGAACGAAGAUUUGUUUUCUAUAUCAAUAUGGAUAACUUUAGCUUUUCAAGCGAAGUGGACAUUUACGUUGACACCCGUAAUGGAUCCACUGGGAAUUCUACAAGUCGCUACUCUGUGACCACCAUAAUAGGGCUUGCGGGGCUAGUAAGCUUCCUCAUCUUGUUUACUAUAGUGGGAAAUGUGCUGGUUGUUAUCGCCGUUUUAACGAGCAGAGCGCUCAAGCCACCACAGAAUCUUUUUCUUGUGUCCCUGGCCAGUGCGGACAUUCUGGUGGCCACAUUAAUAAUCCCCUUCUCUCUGGCCAAUGAAUUAAUGGGCUACUGGUUUUUUGGGAAAGUUUGGUGUAAUAUCUACUUAGCACUAGACGUUCUUUUCUGCACAUCAUCUAUUGUCCACCUGUGUGCCAUAAGUCUGGACAGGUACUGGUCUGUAACACAGGCAGUUGAGUAUAACCUCAAGCGAACACCUCACAGAGUGAAGGGAAUGAUUGUGGUGGUCUGGCUGAUCGCAGCUGUGAUCUCCUUCCCACCGCUCAUCUCCAUGGACCGUAAUAAUGAGGGUGAUGAGAGAGAACCACAAUGCCAGCUGAAUGACCACACGUGGUACAUCCUCUACUCCAGCAUUGGGUCAUUCUUCGCCCCAUGUGUCAUCAUGAUCCUUGUUUACAUCCGAAUAUACCAGGUGGCUAAGACAAGAACCCGAAAUAUGUCUGAAAAGCACCGUGAUCCAGAUGGCAGCUCAGGAACGCCACGGCUGGAGAAUGGGUUGAGCCGCGAGGAUUCUAGGCGGGAAAAUGGACACUGUGCCUCACCGGCGCCUGGGGAACGCAGAACAGGCGAGGACGACCCAGAUGCUGAGCUAGAGGACAGCAGCUCAUCCGACGAGAAGGGCAAGCGGAUGCAAAAUGAGACGGCGCCAGCACGAAAAUCCAGCCGCAAGAACAGCUCCAGCUCCAAGCAUUCUAGCCGGAAGUCACGUGCCAGUAACAAGUCCCUGGACCUGUUUUCGUCUCGCAGAAAGAGGAGGAACACCAUCUCCAGAAAGAAAAUCUCACAGGCACGAGAGAAACGGUUCACCUUUGUACUGGCUGUGGUCAUGGGUGUGUUUGUAGUCUGCUGGUUUCCGUUCUUCUUCAGCUAUUGUCUGCAUGGGAUCUGCCGGAAGCCCUGUGCCAUCAAUGAGACCCUUUUCAAGUUUUUCUUCUGGAUCGGAUACUGCAACAGCUCCCUCAACCCUGUAAUCUACACCAUCUUCAACCAGGAUUUCCGGCGAGCUUUUCAGAAGAUCCUGUGCAGGUCCUGGAAAAGGUCUUUUUAGAGGAUAAUUGCAGCCAGUUGCCAAUCGCAGCAUCCAGUUCCAUUAACAUAUGGUUGGCAUGACAGAAAAGCCCUUGGACGUUCACAAGGAAGAGAGAUUUUUUCCAAAAAAUACCACUGCCUGAAUAUCUUUGCAUUGACAAUCUGUACACAACAAUGACAUUGAUAUUUUUUCCUACUUUAUUGUGUAAUGCUUUUGAUUCUGUGAGGACAACAUAUCCUGGUCACAUAGGUGGUACUUUAAUCUAAAGAUGCUUCGAAAACACCCACCUGAACUGGGUAGCACUGCACUGCAUUAUACGACUUAUCUUUAUUAUGGCUGCAGGCACUCCUAAGUUAUCAAGAGACAUACUGUAUUUAUGAUGAGUUUGCACAUAUGGCUUCUCUCA